AUGUGGGAAAAAAUAAAUGGCAUUGAAGGCACGAAACUAGAUGACCACUUUCUUGACCUGGAAAAGAAAAUAGAUAUCACCAAUAAAGCUGUUACAGAAAUUCUUUUGAAAACCACAGAAUACAUUCAGCCCAAUCCAGCAUACAGAAUGAAGCUGGGGCUGCUGAGCCCGAUGUUGAAGAUCCACAAUUGGGGGAAGGCCCCGGGGUGCCUGCAGCCAGAGGGCCUGCUGGGCAACUGCAUGCUCAAGUACGGCCAGGAGCUGGGCGAGGACUCCACCUUUGGCAGCGCGCUGACCGAUAUGGGAGAAGCUAUGAAGCUGAUGGCGGAAGUGAAAGAAUCCUUUGAUAUUAACGUCAAGGAAACCUUUAUUGAUCCACUCCAGUUAGUACAAGACGAAGAUUUAAAACAGAUUUCAAACCACCUGAAGAGGCUGGAGGGCCGCCGCCUGGACUACGAUUAUAAAAGGAGGCACGUCGGAAAGAUCCCCGACAAUGAGAUCACACAAGCAAUGGAAAAGUUUGAGGAGUCCAAGGCCAUAGCGGAGAGAUGCAUGUUUAAUUUUUUAGAAAAUGACGUAGAGCAAGUUGGCCAGUUGGCGCUGUUUAUCCAGGCGGCUCUAGAGUAUCACCAGCAGUCGGUCAACAUCCUGCAGCCACUGCAGAGGAAGCUGAGGAUGCGAAUCGCGGCUGCCUCCUCUCUGGGCAGAAAUGACUUCAUGCUGCAGCCCCUGAGAAGGUGUCCCAAAUCACUCAACCUUUCCACCACCUCCUCAGCCAAGUCCAUAGCAUUUCCUUAA